GUCAGAAGAGCUAAAAAUGAGUGCGCUGAUUGAUCGACUUACAGAUUUGGGACAGUGGCCUUCAGCAAUAUCCAUAAGCAGCUAUAUGAAGAUGCCUUCGAAAAAUGGAGUUCAUCGUGUAUUGGCUCAUUGGGCAUUGAAGAAGAUCGAGACGGCAAAGGCGGCAAAAGAAGUUGGGAAAAUACCCGAUUUUAAAGCCUUAUCAGAAAUGAUUGUCAGCAAAUUUACAAAUUAUCCUGAAGUUAGCUUUGCAGAUGUCGCAAUGAAAGCUGCAGGUGCCAAUUUAAGCGAGUUAGCUGAAUUUUUGCUGGACCGAGAAACAUGUCUUAACAGACAGGUCGAAAUGCUUAUGAAGUUGAAUAGAGUUGAUCGAGCUUUAGCAAAGGCUGCAAAAAGUCAACAGCCAGAUCUUUUACAUUAUGUUCUAACAUAUUUGAAAAGAACGCAGAAGAAGGAAGUCAUUGAUCACCUUGUAUUAAAAUUGCCACAAGCUCUUUGUCUGUACCAGGAUUACCUAAAGGAGGAAGCACCUCGUCAUCUUCUGGCGUUGUACAUGCAGAAAGACGACUUUACUCGUCAGUCGUUGUACUAUUUGAAGGAAUCUGAAGCUAUGCCAUGGAAUCCUUUCGACAAUAAAGAUAAAGUAGAAGGACUGCUGAAAGCAGAGAUGAGCUUGAAUAAGUUGAAAGAAUAUACAACAGCUCAGUUGGCUACCGAAACAGCCGAAUUAUUUAGUAUAUGCGAAACUUUGGAUGGAAAACCUGGUUUUAAUGAUGUUGAUAGAACGAGUAUUAGAUGUGUUUACAUGUGGGCUGUGGGACAUCGAGAAGAUAAUUUGGCGGAACUACUCAAAAAGAAAUUUAAAAUAACUGAGAAAGCAUCGUACAUAUGGAAGAUUGAAAGCUAUGCCCGUAAUAAAUUAUGGCAUCAUCUUGAAAGUUUAUUCAGAUCCAAAAAGAUUCUAACAAGUUACAUGCCAUUUAUUGAAGCUUGUGCACGUUAUGGCAAUGAGUCCUUGUGUAGAUCAUUCAUUGAGAAACUUACAAAUCCCAUGGAAGUAGUGGACAGCCUCCUCUUGUUGGAAAAACCAGUUGAAGCUGCAAACUAUGCUGCUGAGAAGAAAUUAUUUGCCGUGCUAGAAAAAAUUCACGCGCGAUAUCGGGGAAACAAAGAAGUUGCUCCGGUUGUUACACACAUUUUAAAUGCCGCAAGGAAGACCUGA